AUGCUCAAGGGUCGUCCAUGCAAGAUUGUUGAAAUGUCCACAUCAAAGACUGGCAAACACGGUCAUGCUAAAGUCCAUCUCGUCGGCAUAGAUAUAUUUAAUGGAAAGAAAUAUGAAGAUAUCUGUCCCUCUACUCACAACAUGGAUGUGCCUCACGUUAAGCGCGAAGACUAUCAGUUGACCGACAUAUCUGAUGACGGCUACCUUACUCUGAUGGCUGACAACGGAGACCUGCGCGAAGACCUCAAGAUUCCAGACGGAGACCUCGGCACUCAGUUGCGCUCAGACUUCGAUAGUGGCAAAGAGUUGCUGUGCACCGUGCUCAAGUCCUGCGGUGAAGAAUGCGUCAUCGCAGUAAAGGCGAACACGGCUCUCGACAAAUAA